GAAAACAUUAUGGAUUAAAAAAAGAAAAAAAAAGAAAAGAUAGGAAAGAAAAUUAUUGAAACAAUAUUUCCCUUUAUGGUAUUAAUAUUAAAUAAUUUAGUCAAAUUAGAAAGCCAACCAAUAGAUUAUUGGACCUGAAGAGCAAAUUGUAAAAAAGGUAGAUCCAUACAUGGAUUUGUGCUAAUUUGAAUACAUAUAUUCAUCUAUGAAAAGCGUCAGCGAAGGAUCUAUUUAAAUAUUUAGUGAAUGGUUAAAAAUCAUGCAAGCAGAUCUAAUUGAUCUAAACAAACUUUCUUAAUUAAUGAUAAAUGGAAUAAAUGAUGAAUGUAAAGCAUUAAGAGGAGUGACUUGGAGAAUAUUAUUAGGGUAUAUAUUCAAGAUAUAUCAAGAGAUAUUUGACACCUUCAAAAAAAUAAUGGAUCAAUCGUUUGGAAACAAAUAAAAAAAAUUAUAUAGCAUUAGUUGAUGAACAUAUUUUGAAGACUCUACGAAAUACCAAAUAGCCAGCUUAAAAUGAUCAUCCACUUAAUCGCUCUAAAGAUUCCUCUUAUAAUAAUCGUUUUGAAGAUUUUAAUCUUUGGUAAACUAUUGAAAACGAUACCAAAAGGACACGUUAAAAGGAAGGAUUUUUUCAUAUUGAAAAUUAAGAAACUUCAUUAUUUGAAGAUGUAAAUAUUUUUCAUAUAUAGGAUUAAGUUGCUAUACUUAAAUAAAAGAAAAUUGAAAUUGAAUACAAUUAUGAUGUUUUAACUAGAAUUUUGUUUAUUUAUACAAAAUUAAAUGGACAAUAUAUUCAAGGCAUGAAUGAGCUAGUAGCAAUAUUAUAUUAUAGUUUUGUUAAUGAUGAUAGUAUUUUAUUAAGAUCACAGGCAGAGGUUGACACAUUUUUCUGUUUUACAAUUUUGUUGAGUUAAUUUAGAUAUAAUUUUUUUUCUAAGGAUGAAGCCAGCAUUUGUAAUGGAUUUAUUUAAAAUAAAAUAAGAAUAGUUUAAGAGAUUAUAAAAAAACAUGAUUUUCGUCUAUAUGAUCAUAUGCUUGUAUGAUUAUUUUUAAUAUUUAGAAAAUAAAAAUUGACCCAAAGUUAUUUAUGUCUAAGUGGUUUAUGACUGUUUUUACUAAAGAAUUCAAACUUUAUGACACAGUAAUUUUGUGGGAUCACAUUUUAUGCGAGUUAGAUGAUAAAAAUGAAUUAUUAAACUAUGUUGCCUUAGCAAUCAUACAUUGGCUAAGAGAAGAUUUAUUAAAAGGAGAAUUUGGGGAAGUUAUUACAAUUCUCCAAAAUUUGGAAAAUUAAAAACUAAAAAUUAUUCAAAUCAUAGAGACUUGUUUGAUGUAUAAAAAAUAGUUCAAACUUAAAUGA